AUGGCAGCCUGGCCGCCACCAGCGGCACCAGAACCAUCUCCAGACGAUGGCUUCCAAUCGCUGCGCGCCAGACUCACCGGUGCACAGACAAGGGCAGCGGGCGAUUUGGCAGGCCAGCUCGUCUUCCGAAUCCUGCCCGGCGGCACCUGCGAGCUCUGGCGCGGCAGCGGCGAGCACGUGAAGGACGUCGCCGAACUGUCCGUCGCGUCCGUGCUCGCGGCCGCGGCCGAGGACGCCGAGCGUACUGGGUAUGCGCCGUCCGUGCUGCUCGUCGACCAGGCGCUCGUGCCAGCGCUGCGACGAGCGCUGUGCAACACGCCGACGACGGCGAGCGCGCUGCCCGCGGGGCGCGCCCACAACGACGCGGUGCUCUUCUCCCCGUCCCAGCCGGCGCGGCGCGUCGAGGUCCCGCGCGGCGCCGCCGUGAAGAUCAUAGGAUUGCAGAACGCUGCGGAUCUGAACGGUCGCGGUGCCAAAAUCCAGCGCUUCGAUCCAAAAGCGGGCCGCUACCGCGUGCAGCUCGACGGCGACGGCGACCGCUGCGCGCGCGUCAGGCCCGCGAAUCUGCUACAAUUGAUCGAGGUCAUCCACGUCACGAGCGGGGCGUUCGGGAGGAUCCGCGACAAGGCCGUGAACGGCGAGGGAAAAGCGCCGGGCGAGCGCGACGGCUACCUCGUCAACGGCGGGCCUCCCAUCUUCGGGGCCACGGACAUCAAGUCGUUCUGGGCCUGCGAGGACACGUGCGUGCCCGUGGGCACGUGCGUGCGGGUCGAGUACUCCGACCCCGCCUGGGACGCGCAGAACCAGGCGCUCGUCGAGCGCGUGGACCUCGGGAAGCGGUUAUAUAUCGUGCGCGGCGGCGCCGACGCGGAGCGGAAGGUCGAGGUGGCGUUCGGGGCGGUGCGGGUCUAA